UUUACCAGCUCAGUCCUCGGAGCAUCCCGCUCGCCUGCCUCACUCACUCCGGGCCAGGAUGGCUCUCUGUCUGGCCCUGCGCAUGGCGCUGCUGCUCCUCUCCGGGGUCCUGGCCCCUGCGGUGCUCACAGCCGAGGGCCCGCAGGAGCCCGCGCCCACCCUGUGGAACGAGCCCGCCGAGCUGCCGUCGGGAGAGGGCCCCCCGGAGAGCUCCAGCCCCGCCCACGAGCCCGCGGCCACCGGCCCCCCGGCCCCCACGGCCGCGCCGGGCCCCGAGGACAGCACGGCGGGGGAGCGCCUGGACCAGGGCGGCGGCUCGCUGGGGCCCGGCGCCAUCGCGGCCAUCGUCAUCGCCGCCCUGCUGGCCACCUGCGUGGUGCUGGCGCUCGUGGUCGUCGCGCUGAGAAAGUUUUCCGCCUCCUGAAGCGAAUAAAGGGGCCGCGCCCAGACGCGGCGCAGCCCGACUCAC